UUUGGCAUUGACUUAUCUGGCUGUGUUUAUCGUUAAUCGUUUUUUUAUACGCUUCGAUAUGCAUGACAGUGUAUCUCUACAGCUCAUAUACGUUCUGCUGUAAAUGAAGCUUCUCGCAGUAUCACGAUGGCAAGCCUGCGUGGCGAGAGUGUAGAGUGUUAUGCUCAACAUAAGCUAUUUAACGAGGAGAAAAGAUAUGCAGCAGCACAUUUAAACGAGACUGAUGAAACUAGAGAGAAUGCAAUCAAGGAAAUCAAACGCUGGCUCGAGCAGAGUGACGACUUGCACGUACGAAUCGAUGACUUUUUUAUCCUGCGAUUUUUGAGAGUCUGUAAAUUUAAUCUCGAGAAAACUAAAAUCAGGAUAAGAAACUAUUAUAAGCAGCGAUCCGACUUACCGGAAUGGUAUACAAAUAUAGAUCCAUUUCGACCAGAACUGCAGGAGCUACUUGAUUUGGGUUAUUAUUUGCCUCUACGGAAGCCAGAUAAUCAAGGAAGAUUAGUUUUUAUUGUGCACGGCACACGACAUGAUCCGAGAAUACACAAAAUAUCAGAUAUUUAUAAGGUCGGCAUGAUAGCAACAGAAGUAGCGAUGAAGUGUUAUCCUGCAGCAUCCGUGUAUGGCUAUAUAAUAUUUAUAGAUGUAUCUAAUCCAACUUUACAACAUCUUACUCAACUCCGACCCUACGUAUUAAUGAAUUUUGUCCACGCAUGGCAGAAUUGCUAUCCAGCGAGGGUCCAGUCAAUUAACAUAUUCAAUGCACCGGUAUUCUUCGAUGUUGUUGUGAAAAUUUUUAAAUCUUUCAUGACGGAAAAGUUGAAAAGCAGAUUUCACGUCUACUCACACAGAACGAUGCAGAACUGUUUCAAGGAUAUUCCAACUAACAUCUUGCCUGUUGAGUAUGGCGGCACUGAUGGUACAAUUAAAGAAUUAACAGAAUAUUGGAAGAAAUUGAUCGAAGAGAAUCGCGACUGGCUUGUGAAUAAAGAGAAAGACAAAAUUAUCAUUUCGAAAUAGUAGAUUUUGUAUCGAUAGAGAAUAUUUGUUCUUAGUACACGCUUCAAUAUUAUACAUUUAUU